AUGGAGAAUGAUAGGAAACGUUACUUUGAUCUUUACGACCUAGCUGCUGAGGUUGAAUCCUUGAAAAGUGAUGAAGCCUAUGGAUCAGCCUUCGCAUAUUUUGACUCCACAACUGGAAUAAAUGACUUUGUUCGAAAAUUGCCAAAGUGUUUUCGGGAGAAAUGGAUGACAACGUGUGACAAGUACAAGGUCAACAAUGGAGUGUCUUAUGUGCCUUUCCAAGUGUUGGUGAAUUUCUUGCGAGACCUUGCGCUGCUAAGAAAUGACCCUGGUUUGAUAUUGGAGAACUUACCUCAGAAUUCAGCCACACAGUGCGCAUCCACCACAAAGAAAGUCGGCACAAAAGUCGGAUACUCUGCACCUAGGAAAGUCCAGGAGGGGGAGCAGUCUGAUGUGAAUGCAUGUUGCACAGAAAUAUGCGAUGUACCCAGAAACACUUCUAAAUCUUGUUCAAAAAUUGUGUUAGUGUCGGUGUUUCCAGAGGGAGAACGUUAUCGAGAACGAAAAGUUUACUGUCUGAUAGACGACCAAAGCAACCGAUCCUUGGCAUCACCAUCGUUUUUAGAUGCUUUCAACAUACGUGGCCCAGAGACAGAAUAUGUGCUAUCAACAUGUACAGGAAGAUCUGUUACAUCUGGACGGAAAGAAUCGGGAUAUAUAGUGCGCUCACUAGAUGGAUCAUGUACUCUCACAUUACCAAGCCUCAUUGAAUGUGAUGAGAUACCUGACAACAGGAACGAGAUUCCAUCUAAAGCUGUUGCGCGAGGAUAUUCAAACUUACAGGAUAUUGAGAAAUGUAUUUCUGAGAUUGAUGAGAGUGUCAAUAUUGAACUUUUGAUUGGUCGCGAUCUAAUAACAGCACACCAUGUAUUGGAUCAAAGAAUAGGAACAGAUGUCUUACCUUUUGGUCAAAAACUGCCCCUCGGCUGGGUGAUAAUUGGGAACGUUUGCCUCGGUAAGAUCCAUCAACCUGAGACUGUCAAUGUUUUGAAGACCUCCAUAUUGUCAAGUGGAAGAGCCACACAUUUGAUUCCAUGUGAAACUGAGAUCUUGGUGAAAGAAUUUGACAUUUUUACACGUCUACCGUGUGAUGAGAAACCAGGCCUCUCAAUAGAAGACAAAAAGUUUCUUCACGUCAUGGAGUCAAGUUGUCAUAGAUCUAGCGACGGAUUUUGUGAAGCGCCAUUACCCUUUUGGGAGGGUAGACAACCUCUACCAGACAACCGGUCAAUGGCCCUGCAUAGAGCCAAGUCAUUUGAUGCCAACUUGCGUUCUAACACAGAAAAGAAAAAACAAAUCAUCGAAUUCGUAGAGAAGCUUCUACAGAUUGAGCAUUCAAAAUUGGCUCCCAAACUACCUGUUAAUGUUGAGCGAUGGUACUUACCAAUGUUCGCUGUAUUCCAUCCGAAGAAACCGGAGAGCAUUCGCGUGGUGUUUGAUUCGUCGGCAAAAUAUCAAGAUGUGUCAUUGAAUUCUGUGCUUCUUCAAGGACCUGACUUGCUGAACAGUCUGGUUGGUAUCCUUCUUCGAUUCCGUCAGGAAAAGGUAGCCAUUACCAUGGACGUACAACAUAUGUUUUAUAAUUUCAAAGUACCAGAAGAACAACGAUGUUAUUUGCGUUUUAUAUGGCACCAAAAUAAUGACUUCAAUCAACCCCUUGUUGAUUACCAAAUGACUAGACAUGUAUUUGGCAAUACUGCAUCGCCAGCAGUGGCCAAUUACGGAUUCCUCAAGGUUGUAGAAACUGCUGACCAAGAUGUAGAUAACCUUAUCAGAGAGAGCUUCUACAUAGAUGAUGGAUUGGUAUCCUGCAAAACUGUUGAACACACUGUUGACCUUGCCCUUCGCACAAAGCAAGCCUUACAUGACAACGGCAGAAUAAGACUCCAUAAGUUUGCGUCAAACAGCAGAGAGGUGCUUAAUGGGCUGGACCAAGGUGACUUAGCAAAUGAUUUAAAGGAUCUUGAUUUAGGAACAGCUACUCUUCCCACUCAGAGAAGUCUAGGCCUACUUUGGAAUACAGAUACAGACACCUUUACAUUCAAAGUCAAUUCUGUUGUAAGGUCUUACACUCGACGUGGACUUUUAUCUGUAAUCAACAGUGUCUUCGACCCUAUUGGCUUUUUACAACCUGUCAUCAUUGAAGGAAAACUCUUACUUCGUGAAAUGAUGUCUGUGACCAGUAAAACUGAUUGGGAUGACCCAUUUCCAGAACCACUACAACAAAUGGAUCUCAUGGAUGAACUCUUUAAGCUAUCUUGA